UCCCAAAAGGAAGUCAGUCGAACGGCCGCUCGCUACCGGGCCAAAGGAUAUCAGUCCCAUGUUACAACACGUCUACACUGUUGCCUGUGCCCAUCGCCGCGUGUGAAGUGUCAAAACUUAUCCUUGGAUUACAAUGUCUGCUGCCGUUAUGCCGUCAUCAAUGAUGUACGAUUACACUGACAUUGGCUACAGCGUUCUCAAGCAGCAACAGCCAGAAGCUGGAAAACUCGCUUGGGAGACGGGUAGUGAAGGCGAUUCUAUCAAUGGAAGAUCACCAAACACACUAUCUCUUAUGACUUCUUUUCUUUUGGAUAUUAACAAUCAACACAGACGUUUGGAAAGAACUCAAUCUGAACCAGCCAAAGCCCCUGCCCUGAACGUAAACACCUCCAGUUUGUGUUUUAGAUACAAGACGGAACUGUGUAGGCCGUACGAAGAGAGUGGAUCUUGUAAGUACGGCGAGAAAUGCCAAUUUGCUCACGGAGGACACGAAUUGAGGUGCUUGGCAAGGCAUCCCAAGUACAAGACAGAACUUUGCCGAACUUUCCAUUCUGUCGGCUUCUGCCCCUACGGACCACGGUGCCAUUUCAUCCACAACGCCGACGAGGCGAGAGGAAGCAAGCCUCGACCACGUCCACUAUCUUUGGACAACGCCGCAUCCUCACCGCCUAGCAGCCUGGGCCACAUGCACACGGCGUCUUCUUCCUCGCCUAGCAGUUUGGGCUCACUAUCACCACCACCGCCAGCAUAUGCAUACAGCAGCACACCGCCCAAUUCUCCGCCACCGCCUCCUGCUGCUCCGGCCUCGCCACCGGAGUCGAGGUUGCCCGUUUUCAAUAGGAUCUCUGCCCCCAAACCAAUUAUUUCAAGUAUGCACUUCCCCAGUGAGGUUAUCGUUUAAGGCUCUCCUCUCCCGACCCCUACCCCUUUAUUUUUUUACUUCUUAUCUCCUUGAAACCAUUCCUCGUUCCUCUGCUCCAGCAGUUUUUAAAAAUUUUAACAGAAGACAUUUUUCUUUUAUAAUUACCAAAGUUCCCUUCCCUUUCCCCGUUUUUUUCCAUACCAAGGAAUAAAACUGUUUUUGUUUAUAUUGUUUUUUGUGUUUAAUAAUUUAUUUUAAUUUAAUUCAACUAAAAACACAGUUGUGUAUGUACAAUGGCGCAUCCCGAUACAUUCCGUGGUUUGUUGCAUGUCACCCGAUCGUUUCGUCGGGUCGGUUGCAAAAAAACAGGGAUUCAAAGUGCCUUAUUAAAAACUUUUUCGGAGCGCAUAUAUGUGUAUAAAAUCAUAGUAUAUUGUUCAUAAUAUAAACAAAACAAAAAAUAAAUAUAUGCAUAUAUAUGAGUUCUUUAUUUUACGCAACUGAUUUCUCUUGUGAUGUGUAGAUAAAAAAUAUAAAAAUAAAAAUCGAGACUUUUGUCCGUAUAAAUAUAUUGUUAUUAUUUGAGAUUUUAUAUUCUUAAGGUUCUUUUCGUAAACUUAAGUAUUUUGAUUACCAACAAGAAUUAGUCAAGUUCUCUGAAUAUGUGAAAUAAUUGGCUCAAUCCUUAGUUUAGGUUGAUUCCGUCUUGCUCUGGGCGACCUGUCGAGUCACUGCAACCACUCGGCGGCUUGCAAACAAGUGGUAGCAUCUCCUUCCUGAGCAAAACGUAAUUUAUGUCAAGUGUGAAUUUCUUAUAUACUUGAGUGUGGGUGAAAGUGAUUUGUAACUAAUUCACUACGUUUCAAAGCUGAUUAUGCAUCAAACCGAAUAAUUAUUUAUUUGUAUUUUUUAUAAAUAAGUUGUUA